GAGAUUUUUAGAAGCUUGGGCAUUUCUUUCAUGUUUAGACCUAGAGGCUAGAGGCCAGAGGUUUCUGAAGCUGUGAGUGUGAAAGUUUGUCUUGUUAAGGCAGUGCCAGCUGACUCAAGGACAGGAAGUUGACUUUCUUCAGUAACUGAAAUUUUCAGAACCUGGGGCAUUCUUUCGUGUUUAGACCUAGAGGCCAGAGCCACUCUGCUUUUAGUUUUUAGUUCCUGAAAGUUUACUUUAUAUAUGUCAGCUGACUCAGGGACAGGAAGUGGACUUUGCAGUGACUUUUUACAGAGAUUUUCAGAACCAGACAUUUUUGUCAGUUUGUGUUGAGACCUAGAGGCCAGAGCCGUACUGCUUUUACUAGUAGUUUUUAGUUCCUUUGAAUUUGCUUUUCGUAAGAAAGUGCCAGCUGACUCAGGGACAGGAAGUGGACAGUGCAGUGACUGAGGCCAGAGCCACCCUGCUUUUAGUUUUUCCAGUUCCUCAAAGUUUGGUUUUCUUAAGAAAAUGCCGAGUGUCCUUGGUCGGUACCUCGGUAAGACGCGGUCCCUGAGUUGCCGACUGCUGGGUAAGACAGGCAGGGCAGGGAGGUUGAUCAUGAGAACUGCCGUGGUGGGGAAUGAACUGGUCCUGAAGCCUGGCCUUCUCAGGCUGGGGGAGUUUGGCGCACUGCGAGCGACCAGGAAGAGAAGAAAUGGUGGGAAGGGAAGAAAGCAGUUCAAGAAGGUGCAAAUCUACAGGAAGCUCCCCCUGCGACUGUUGUCCCGGCUGUGGGGUCACAUCCACAAGGCCCAGCUCCCCGUCUGGAUGAGAGGUCCGCUCUUCAGGUUAUACAUCUGGCUGUUUGACUGUAACCUCCAAGAGGCGGCCAUCGAGGACCUGACCCACUACAGCAAUCUGAACGAGUUCUUCCGACGGCAGCUCAAGCCCUCCGUACGAACCAUCGACCAGGAACACAGUCUGGUGAGCCCAGCAGAUGGUACGGUCCUGCACUUCGGCAAGGUGGAACACAACAUGUUGGAGCAGGUGAAGGGGGUGACCUACUCCCUCCAGACAUUCCUGGGACGGACCAACAACAACUGGUGGCUGUCCAAGCAGGCUACGAACAACAGCAAACCUCAGGACGAUGAGAACUAUCAGCAGAUGUUGCUAGAGAACCCGGAGGAGAAUGAACUGUACCAUUGUACGGUGUACCUGGCACCCGGGGACUAUCACAGGUUCCACUCUCCCGCGGAGUGGGAGGUUCUGCACAGGAGACAUUUUCCUGGUGAGCUUUUCUCGGUGAACCCAGGACUUGUCAGGUGUAUCCAGGGCCUGUUUAAUUAUAACGAGCGAGUGGUGAUGUCAGGACGAUGGGACCAGGGGUUCUUCUCUAUGUCAGCUGUUGGGGCGACCAACGUGGGGUCUAUCAGGAUGUACAUGGACAGUGAGUUGCACACCAACUUGCCGGGGAAGUGGAAAGGUGGUCUUUUCUACGACCGGGUUUUCUUCAACGAAACCCAGGGAGCAGGAGUGGCCGUGAAGAAAGGCGAAAUCUUUGGAGAGUUCAACCUCGGAUCCUCCAUUGUCAUAAUCUUCGAGGCCCCAAGGACAUUCUCCUUCAAGGUCAAACCGGGGCAGAAGAUACGAUUCGGGGAACCGCUGGGAUGUUCCGCGGAAACGGACCGAACGAAAGGAGAGGACGAUCUCGAAACAGGAACGCCAGAAACUGUUGAAAACGUCAAGCAUAAAGAAGAGUGACGUGACACUACUGUGCAAUAUCAGGACUUUUUUGUGAUCUAGGGGGAAAAGGGGGUAUUAUAGAAAUAAGUAGGGGGGGGGGCAGGGUAGCUGGAAUAUCUCAAUGUCAAUAGUAAUGUACUUCUCAAUCCAAUCCUUGUUUUAGAAUCCACCUUUUUUUUACUACAUACAUAUCUGUUUGGUUGCAUGCUGGCAUAUGCAUAUCACAACAGUUUUGUAUGUUCAGUUUCACCCAUUCACACUGGGAUGGACUCAUGUAUUAGCCUCUACCAGGCUUCAGAAGCGGCUGGAAAGAGUAGAAAUUGGCCAAAUAGACAGAGGACAUGUAACAUGCCAGGGGAGUUGGUCCAGUAAAAGAGUAUAUAGUUUGCUGCUCGGAACCCUUGUUGAUAAGUAUGAUUGUUAUGUAUAAGAUGCACGAGGUGUAGCUAUCCUCAAACAUGGGACCUCCUCUUUGCGAUCCCAAUCCCAGAGGAUGUUCCUAGCUGAAGGCCAAUAAAAAUUGGGAAAUUGGUGGGAUUCGAACCCAAAACCUUGUGAUUCAACAACUGUAACUGAAAGGUCACAUACAAAUGUACCACCUGCAGCUAGCAACCAAUUUGUAGUUGCUGUGGCUCACCACUUCUCUUCAAACUUUGAACAACAGCAUUUAAAUGACAUCAAGUCUUUUGCUUAGUCAAUACAGAUGUAUAGAAGAUAUGGCUCAGUUUAUUUAGAGUUACUUAAUCAGUUACUUAAUACAACAUUCCUACUCAAGUAACACAUUGUCAUUAUCAAAGUGUAGAUUUCAACUGGAUCAUGACAUUUUACUAUCUUUGAUCCACUUUUUCAACAUGGUUUUAUAAAGGUUAGAAUUUGUCUACGCAGAAAACAUUUUGAAACAGUUCUAGAACACACAGAAUAGAAGAGUUAGUGGACUCUUGAAAAGACAUACAAAUUUCAAUACCUGUACAUUGUAGAAAAAGAUGUUGGGACAUGUUUGGCCUUUUGUA